AUGGGCAAGAUUCGCUCUACGCUGGACCGAUAUAGUGACCCUGCCGCCACUCCGAAAAGGUCGAGUCUCGCAUCCUCAUCCAGCGGGCAUGGUCGGUCCCCAUACUGUUCCUCUCCACCGCCAGGUGAGGGRGCAAAUCUGGCAGAUGUUGCUGAAGGGCAGGAUGAAACAACCAAACCACCGCCUCUUUCUGCUGCCGUUGAAGACCCGCAAUCAGUCUCCGCUCCGGCCAGCUCUUCUCGUCAAGGACCGGCCUUCUCCAGGUGGCUCAGUACAUUGCGCAAGAAGCGGCACAGUCAAUCUCAACCGCAGGAAGAGCAGGGAUCACCUCAAGAUCUUCAUCACAAGAAUCGUUUACCAGAGUCCAAGACUGGGCACGGCCACAUCAAAUCAGACUCCCAAGGAUCGUCACUUGGUUUUGUCACUGCGGUCAAGUCCGCCACGGCCACGCUGGCGAGUGCAAGCAUUGCAACGGUUUCUCGAACAGCUUCCAAAUGGCGUCGUGGUCAGCAGCGCUCCAGUCUGAUUUCGGGCUCGGAUCAUCGUCCAUCUGUGGAUAGUCAGUGUUCUGUGUACGACGCGGCGGCCAUGGAGAGGGAAAGGAAGCGACGGGCGAAGCUGGAAGAGCUGAUACGAACGGAGGAGAAUUAUGUUGCUGAUCUGAAGGCUCUCAAUGAUGCAUACUUUACGAUCCUCAGCCACCAGCCGACUUCUACCAGCUUUGCGAGACGGUCUGCACAGAGGACCGUCGCGGAGAUUCUUGACCUUCAUGAUGGCAUAUUGGGUCGCCUCCAUGAAGCUGUACCAUUCUCAGAAUAUGAUCAGCGUAUCGCCCGUAUCCCGCCGACCGUUCGCACACACAAUCGGUGGCACAGUGUUGAUGUUGUCCCGGUGCGAACUACCCCUACGCGGUCGACGCUUGCCACGAUUCGCCAAGGGCGGCGAUCCCUCAAUCUCAGUCGGUCGACGGAGGAAGAGCCGGCUGUGAUGCGCUGCAGUCCAGCUACUGUAGUCGCCGUCGUCCGCAUCUUUGCCUCCAACAUGGCUCGAUUUUCUGUGUAUGAAGACUACGGAGCCAACUAUGAUCUGGUGCUGCAGGAUGUYGACGAAACCCAACACGCCAUUGCCGGCUGGGCCGACUUCGACAAGGCGAUUGAAGCAAUUUCAGCCCAUGUCAAUCCCACGAGAACACGGGAGGCGAAUCGAAAGAGGGCCAUGACAGUGAAAGACCUGUUGAUAAAGCCAAUUCAACGACUACCCCGAUACGAGCUACUGUUCAGCGACCUGAGUACUCUCACACCAGCCUGUGACGAGCCCACCUUCCAUGCUGAGAUUGAUGAUGUUCGUGCGGCGUUCAAUGAAAAGUCUAUCCUCAUGAAUGAAGCGAAGAAGAACCCCGCCCAUGCAAGAAUAAUGGAAACGACAUKGCUGAUUGGCGAUCGCUUGACGUUUUCAACCAGCCAACUGCCAAAGUCGGUCUUUUUGCAGCUACUCGGCCCAGUGUCCCUCUGCGGCUGCCUACACAUUGCAUAUCGCAGCAAAGAUCAUCGUAUCAAGGGAUUCUACGUCAUUUCGAUCUUGUUUGGAACGAGUCUGCUGCUUGCCUCAUCGGACGAUGAUCAAUCAAGAUACAGCGUUCUUGCAGGCAUCACUCUGGUCAAUGCAACAGUCGAGGAGACUGACAACAACAAAGGCUUACAAUGCCAUACAGCUCCCCAUUCGUGGAAGAUUGUAUUCGAGCAGAGUGCCAAGAUGUACGAGCUCAUCUUCACGGCUUGCUCGGCAGUGGAGGCUGAUGCGUGGCGGGCAUACAUUGCUAGCGGGAUUGAAGCGCAGACACAGCUCGUGGCGGAUGGCAAGAUGCACCCGGUGGCUCUCUCAUCUCCUCUGAUACUCGACAUGAAAAGCAUGGGCAAGGCUUUUGGCAAGCCAUCGAGUUUUGUCCGCCGCAUGCCAGUCCGGGCGGCCACCGUAGGCCCGACGACAGAUUUGAGUCAGGUCAUCAUCGCGAACACUCAGUCAUUCAAGGAGGCUCAAGAGUAUAGAUCGCAGGCAUCCUUGCAGAUCCCACGUUCCCAAUCCGUGGCCACUCCAAGCCACGUGCACACGCUGGCUCCUCGACGCUGCGACAGACACCGCCUGGAAAUCAUUCUUGCUGAUGUUUGGACAAGAGACCAGCUUCCUUAUCCAGGAAUGAUCAGGCGAACGGAUCCUAUACGGGCUUCUGCAAAUCAUGUCAUACGCAAGUUCAGCAUGGCGAGCAUUACCAGCAACUUCUCAUCCUCGAAAAGGAACGGAAGCCACACCAGCAUUAGCUCCUGGCGUAAGGAGGAGGUGCCGCCGCUCCGCAGCAGAGCCAGUGGUCGGGAUACUACAAGCAGCUCCAUCAGUUCGAGGCAAUCUAGGGUGCCAGUGGUCAAUUUCCACACGGCGCCUGAUGCCUUCUUACCGGCGGACUUUGAUAUCACUGCGGGUCCGCCCAAGAAGAAGAAGUCGGCGCUGAGGACAUUUACAAUGACCAUAGAACGGCCAUUUUCACCAUUGAUGGAGAGUGAAAAUGUUCAGUCGGGAGUGAGGAGGGCUGAAAGUGUACGUGAUGCCGUGGUUGAUGCCUUUUCACGACCGGCUUGGUCACCUACGCCGAUCCAUCAAAGAGACAUGAAGCCGCCGGUAUACAGCACGGUGCACGAGGGGAGAAAGGGGCCUGCGAAGUUGCAUGUCAAGGAGGGAAGUGAAGAGACUGUGGUGGGCGGGUCGGACCUCGGAGGGCCGGACUUGAGAGGGCCGCGCAAGACCAGGAGUAGGCUGUUCGGGAAGCUUUUUGGAUAG